AUGCUUCAGUGGGAAGAGAUCAGUGGUGUUGAUGAACAUUACACACCCAUCAGGACUUACCAGGUGUGCAAUGUCAUGGACCACAGCCAAAAUAAUUGGCUGAGGACAAACUGGGUCCCCAGAAACUCAGCUCAGAAGAUCUAUGUGGAGCUCAAGUUCACACUACGGGACUGCAACAGCAUUCCAUUGGUUUUGGGGACUUGCAAGGAGACCUUUAACCUGUACUACAUGGAGUCUGAUGACGAUCACGGUGUGAAAUUCCGAGAGCAUCAGUUUACAAAGAUUGACACCAUUGCCGCUGAUGAAAGUUUCACUCAGAUGGAUCUUGGGGACCGCAUUCUGAAACUCAACACUGAGAUAAGAGAAGUGGGACCAGUCAACAAAAAGGGGUUUUAUUUGGCUUUUCAAGACGUUGGUGCUUGCGUUGCCUUGGUGUCUGUGAGAGUGUACUUCAAAAAGUGCCCGUUUACAGUGAAGAAUCUGGCUAUGUUUCCAGACACAGUACCCAUGGACUCCCAGUCUUUGGUGGAGGUUAGGGGCUCUUGUGUCAAUAAUUCCAAAGAGGAGGAUCCUCCCAGGAUGUACUGCAGCACAGAGGGUGAAUGGCUUGUCCCUAUUGGCAAGUGUACCUGCAAUGCCGGGUAUGAAGAACGGGGUUUCAUGUGCCAAGCCUCUGUCAUGAGAACAGAGUCUGUUAGUCCACUGAUGGACAUUCAGUAA